AUGACAGCAAACGAGACCACAUUCAGCAGCGGAGCAGAAGUAGACGAACACGAGAUGACAAGCAAAGAGAAGAUGCUACUCUGUGAAAUAGCGGAAGUCUCUCUAAGAAUAAAAGAGAAAACAGAAGAAGCAAGAAAUCACACAAACAAGCUUAAGUCAUACAAUUUCAAGAUAAAGGCAUUGCUAGAUGCAAUAGACGCAUACUCAUACGACGAAACAGCAAUAAAAGUGAACAAAUUCAAGAAAGUGGAUUCUUUCAGAAUAACAGCACCUGAAAAACAAAAUCUACCAACUAAUUUUGAAAAGAUGUUUGCUAAUGAAACCAGCAAGAUAAAAAUCAAAGCCAAAGGAUUGUUGGCACUUGUGAGCGAGAACAAACAACUCAAACUCGAUGACAUUGUUAAAGUGACCAAAUUGAGCAAGUACAAGACAAUUGAAAUUCUGAAUAUUUAUGUGAGGAAUGGAAUAUUGAAUAAGCGAUUUGACAAAGGAUUCAUCUAUGAAAUUGCUUGA